AUGGCCAACAAUCAAGAACUGAACCGCAAGAGAAAGAACAGUCACGAUUUCCAGAUUCCCAUUACCAAAUUCCCUGACAUCCACCAAGAAGAUGAUGAGUCCACAGAUUUCUCUCUCUCUCUUUCUCUCUCUUUCCAUCCCCCCACUCCCCACCGCCCUCCUCGCCUCCCACAACCACCACCACCACAAUCACCACCACUCCAUUCCCUCCUCUCCCACCCUCCUCCCCACCUCCCCCUCCAACUCCCCCCUUCCCACCCACUCUUCAUUCCGCCGCCUUCUCUUGCUGGCCCCUCCCGGCCCCUUCGUGCUCGCCGUAAUCCCACACAGGCUCCCCGCGAGGGCAAGAGCGACAUCGUCCCGGCCCCAUUCCCCUGGGCCACCAACAGGCGAGCCACCGUCCACAGCCUCGACCACCUCAUUUCCAACCAAAUCUUCACCAUAGUCGGCUAUGUCCAAUGCAAGCGCUGCGAGAGAAGCUACGAAUUGGAGUUCGAUCUGCGCCAGAAGUUUCUUGAAGUCGGGACCUUUAUCGCCGACCACAAAGCCACCAUGCACGACCGUGCUCCCGCUAUCUGGAUGAAUCCCAAUCUUCCCUCCUGCAAGUUCUGCCAACAAGAACAUAGCAUGAAACCCAUCAUCGCGGAGAAGAAGAAAUCCAUCAAUUGGCUGUUUUUGCUUCUGGGUCAGAUGCUGGGUUGCUGUACUCUUGAACAGUUGAAGUAUUUCUGCAAACACACCAAGAACCAUAGGACUGGGGCAAAAGAUCGGGUUCUGUAUCUGACUUAUCUUGGUUUGUGCAAACAGCUCGAUCCCAAUGGACCGUUUGAUCGUUGA